AUGUCAGCCGCGAAGCUGAUGACAUCAGAUGCCACCUCAGCUGAAACCGGUGUUCUGGCUGUUGCCGUGGCACACGCUUUUGCAUUGGUUGUUGCUAUGUAUUUGGCCGGAGAUAUAUCUGAUGGCCAUGUCAAUCCAGCUGUCACAUAUGGAUUGGUUGUUGGAGGCCAUGUCAGCGGGUUGACUGGCAUAUGUUAUUGCAUGGCUCAAUUAUCGGGGUCCGUUACUGCAUGCGUGGCGUUAAUAUUGGUCACGGCGGGCCAGGCGAUUCCUACUACAAGGCCGGAUCCCAAAAUAUCGGGUUUAGCUGACGUGGCGAUCGAGGCCUUGGCCACGUUUGCAAUCGUGUAUGCGGUGUAUGUAGCACGAGACCUAAGGAACGGGUCACGUGGAAUCAUGGGACCAAUAGCGGUCGGGUUUAUAUACGGGGCGAAUAUAUUGGUGACAGCACCGUUAACGGGCGGGUCAAUGAAUCCAGCCCGAUCAUUUGGACCGGCAUUUGUAACGGGUGAUAUGAAGAAGCAGUGGGUUUACUGGGUCGGACCCCUGGUUGGAGGGGGCAUUGCAGGUUUGGUGUAUGAGAGCUUGAUGACAACAUCAAAUGGCCAGCCUCCUUCUUCUAUUAGUAGUGUGGGCUAG